AUGAAGGACGAUAGACAAGGCACCCAACUGGUCUUUUUUGGGAACGAGUUCCCCAACGAUGAUCUCAAAGGCCUUUUUCGUAACCUGCUGCGAGCCGCAAAGGACCGUAGGUUCCGCCACCUAGCCAACUUCCUGGACGAGUCCACUUUGGUCCUCAAGCGAGAAGUGGCAGCUCUCCCGCAGUCACUGAAAGUUCUGGUGCCGCAUUUCCAUUCGCUGCUACCGUUGGUCGAGGUCGAUGACUUUCGCCAAGGUCCCUUGGGGGCCGCUAUGGAGAGCGCACUCCUCACUGUGCUGGAACUGGGUAUGUUCAUUGGGCAUUAUGAGGUGGAGGGAGGCGAAUGGGGUCUUUCAGAGCACACGACCACGCUCGCCGGACUGAGUAUCGGUCUGCUAGCUGGUGCUGGCGUGGCUUUGUCUUCCAACCUAGCAGAGAUUGCGCAAAACGGAGCCGAGUGCGUCCGUGUUUCGUUCCGCCUGGGUGUCUAUGUCAACGACGUUUCCCGCAAGCUAGAAGCUCCUCAAGCCGAUGGCACGCUGCUAAGCUGGGCCCAUGUCAUCACUGGACAGACGCAACCCGCCAUUCAAGACGAGCUGAGCCAAUGUAAUUCGGAGCUGGGAACGCCGGAGCUCCUCAAAGUCUUUAUUAGUGCUGCCGACAAGACUUCUGUUAGCAUCAGUGGACCGCCAUCGCGGAUCAAGGCGGCUUACGGAGCCUCGCAUCUCCUACGCUACUCCAAAUCGCUUCCACUCCCAGUCUAUGAUGGCCUGUGCCAUGCAACGCACCUGUACAGCCAGGAUUCGAUCAACACCGUCAUCAACAGUGCAGAGUCCAUUAUCCCAGCGAAUCGCCCGGUGCGGUUCGCCCUUCUUUCGUCCAAUACUGGGCAGCCCUUUGUAGCUACCAACGCCGGUGAACUGUUCGCGGCCAUUGGUACGGAGCUGCUCACCUGUACCAUCUACCUUGACCGUAUUACCGCGGGAAUUCUCGAUCGGGUCGGCGGUAGCAAAUUUAAACGGUGUCAUAUCGAGACCUUUCGCACCUCAAUCGUAUUCAGGGGUAUUUUAAGCUCCCUCAAGGCUGACUAUCCCGACUUGGAAAUCAAAUUGGUCGACCUCAUACCCUGGUCAAUGAAAGACCUUGAGCCUCGCCUGCCCCGUUCAUUUGCCGAUUCAAAGCUCGCUAUUGUUGGCAUGGCCUGUCGUAUGCCUGGUGGUGCCAACGAUACUGAACUUUUCUGGGAACUAUUGGAACAAGGACGUGAUGUCCAUACUACCGUGCCGCCGGAUCGCUUCGACCUCGCAACGCAUUAUGAUCCAACUGGCAAGAUUGGCAAUUCCACGCAGACCCCAUAUGGAAACUUUGUCGAGAACCCGGGAUUGUUUGAUGCUGGUUUCUUCAACAUGUCGCCGAGAGAGGCGGAGCAAACAGACCCUAUGCAACGACUUGCCAUCGUCACCGCAUACGAGGCGAUGGAAAUGGCAGGCCUAGUCCCCGGUAGAACCGCCUCAUCUAACCCUAAGCGCAUUGGCGCCAUUUACGGCCAGGCUAGCGAUGACUGGCGCGAAUUGAAUGCUUCACAGAACAUUGGCACAUACGCAGUGCCGGGUGGCGUGCGCGCCUUUGGCAAUGGCCGCAUCAACUACUUCUUCAAGUUUUCAGGCCCGUCCCUUAAUGUCGACACUGCCUGCUCCAGUGGCUUGGCUGCUGUCCAGGUGGCAUGUUCAGCUCUUUGGGCCGGCGAGGCAGACACUGUUGUUGCUGGCGGAAUAAACAUCAUCACUGAUCCAGACAACUACGCUGGUCUAGGAAACGGCCAUUUCCUUUCCAAGACAGGGCAGUGCAAGGUUUGGGACGAGUCCGCGGACGGCUACUGUCGCGCUGACGGCAUUGGCUCUGUUGUAGUUAAGCGUUUGGAGGAUGCCGAGGCCGACAAUGACAACAUUAUCGCCGUUGUCCUGGCCGCUGCAACAAAUCACUCGGCCGAAGCCAUUUCAAUAACCCAUCCUCACGCUGGAGCGCAAAUGGAUAAUUACCGCCAGGUACUCCAUCGGGCCGCCAUCAACCCCUUGGACGUUAGCUUCGUCGAGCUCCAUGGCACCGGAACCCAGGCAGGAGACGCAGUCGAGUCUCAAUCCGUGCUGGAUGUAUUCGCACCCCGUUCACCGUCUCGUCGCCCAGACCAGCUAUUGCAAUUGGGUGCGGUGAAGAGUAAUAUAGGCCAUGGGGAGGCAGCGGCUGGAAUUGCCUCACUUCUAAAGGUGUUGUUGAUGUACCAAAAGAGCGUUAUCCCCGCUCACAUUGGCAUCCAUACAGUUAUGAACCCGAUCAUCCCGAAGGACCUCGAGCAACGGCGGGUUCGACUGACUCAGGUCACUACCCCAUGGCCACGUCCACCAGGCAAGAAACGAAUAGCAAUGGUCAACUCUUUUGGAGCACAUGGUGGCAACACCACCAUGUUGUUAGAGGAUGGUCCCGAAAAGAUUAGGCCGGAGAAUCAAGAGGACCGCUCAAUGCACGUCGUUGUAAUCUCCGCCAAAUCCAAAAAGUCCCUCCAAGCCAAUAUCGCGAAUCUCUCUCUCUACUUGGAGAAAAACCCAGACACUAAGCUCGCCGAUCUGUCGUAUACGACCUGUGCACGCCGCAUGCAACACGCCUUGCGUGUCGCAACUGCCGUCUCAAGCCUUGAUGGACUACAGCAGUUCCUGCGUGGUGCUGGCGAGAAAGAUACCCUUGCUGAGGUCCGACCGGUCCCGAGCGACGCUCCACCAGUUUGUUUCACCUUUACAGGGCAGGGCGCAUACUAUCAAGGUAUCGCUCGGGAACUAUUUGAUGCGAUUCCAUAUUUCCGGGGCGAGGUUCUGCAGCUUGACCAUGUUGCUAAGCGGCUUGGGCUACCCAAGAUUCUGCCAGUUAUAGACGGCAGCAUCGACGAAAGCCCAUCGGCCAUAGUGUCGCAAUUGAGUAUCGUCGUGAUCGAGAUUGCCUUAGCACGUCUCUGGAUCCUGCUGUUGGGCAUCCAGCCUAGUGCUGUCAUAGGUCAUAGCCUCGGCGAGUAUGCUGCACUCGUGAUUGCUGGCGUGUUGUCUACUGCAGACGCUCUCUUCUUAGUCGGUCGGCGUGCCCAAUUGGUUGAAGAAUGUUGCGUCCCCAGUAGCCACGCAAUGCUAUCAGUGCGCGCAUCACCAGCCGAGGUCAAACAGCUAUUAGGCGAUGGCAAGUAUGAGAUCUCAUGUAAGAAUACGCUCAAUGACACGGUUAUUGGCGGGCCAAAGACCGACAUUGAUGCUGCCCGGAACAAGCUUGAAUCCAGCAGUAUUAAAUGUGCAAUGGUGGAUGUACCCUAUGCCUUCCAUACAGCGCAGAUGGACCCUGUUCUAGACGGGCUAGGUCAGAUUGCGGAUUCGCUAGUCUUCAAAGCGCCCAGUAUCCCCGUUCUGUCGCCCUUGCUAAAGAACACGGUAUUCGACGGUAAAACUAUCAAUUCGGAUUAUGUGCGACGGGCAACGCGCGAGCCGGUUGAUUUCGCUGGCGCUGUGGAGGCUGCACAAGAACUUGGCAUAGUGAACGAUAAUACCUUGUGGGUAGACGUCGGGCCUCAUCCUAUUUGCGCUGGAUUCAUCCGCAGUCUCAUCCCCAAGGCUCGUGUGGCUUCAACUUGCCGGCGGAACGAGGACAAUUUCGCCACAUUCUCAAAGGGCUUGGUUACCCUUUAUCUGGCUGGUCGAACACCUUGCUGGGCUGAGUACUUCCGGCCCAAUGAGCAUGCAUAUUCGCUACUCCCUUUGCCAAAGUACGCGUGGAAUGAAGUCAACUACUGGAUUCAGUAUAUCGGAACCUGGACGUUGGAUAAAGCCCUCCUGAAGGACGGCCUACCAAACCGACCUCGAGAUAUCAUCAAGCCAGCCCCCUCGGGCUUGCGGACAUCUUUGAUCCAUCAGAUCACGGAAGAGACUGUUGAGGAGAAGACGGCCUCGGUCAAGAUUGUGUCGGACUUGCAGCACCCUGACUUUCUCGAGGCUGUUCAUGGGCAUCGAAUGAAUAAUUGCGGUGUAGCUACCUCGUCUAUUUGGUCGGAUAUGGCAUUCACCGUUGGCGAGUACCUUUAUCGUAGACUCGUACCAAAGGGUGAUGUGUAUCUGAACUUUGGUGAGCUCGAAGUUUUGCACGCGCAAGUAGCCAGUUCCGAGAAGAACUGCACUCAGCCUCUCGCUCUGGAGGCUCAUUUGGAUCUCCCCACGCGCCGCAUGUCGCUCGCUUGGUUCAACAUCGACCCGGAAACUGGCCAAAGAGCGCCCGAGUCUUAUGCAACAGGCUCGGUGCGGUAUGAGACAGACCCAGAGAAAUGGCGUACCGAAUGGGGCCGCAUGGCGCACCUAGUUCUCGGCCGGGUCGAGGCGCUCGAACGUAUGGCAGCUGAGGGACAGGCGAGCCAGCUGUCGAAGCCGCUAGCAUAUGCGUUAUUCAAGAAUGUUGUUGACUAUGCGGACCGAUACCGUGGUAUGGACCGGGUGGUCAUUCACGAAUACGAGGCGUUUGCAGACAUCACGCUUAUUCCAGAGCGCCUUGGAAUCUGGCAUACGCCACCACACUGGAUCGACAGCGUAUCCCAUCUCGCCGGUCUCGUUAUGAACGGAAGUGAUGCUUCCAAUACUCGAGAUUAUUUCUUCGUCACUCCCGGUUGCGAGAGUCUCCGUUUGCUGAAGAAAUUGGAACCUGGUGCCCAGUAUCGAAAUUAUGUGCGGAUGUUCCCACUGCCGACAGAGGCUAACAUGUACGCUGGAGAUGUCUAUAUUUUCCAGGAUGGUCAAAUCAUUGGCGUGGUCGAUCAACUGAAGUUCCGUCGAGUACCUCGCCUGCUAAUGGAUCGAUUCUUCUCCCCGGGAGCUGCAAAGGCUCAAUUGAAAGCGAUCCACGCAGCAGUUUCUUCUUCAGCACCGGUUGCGAAGCCUGCUCCACCACCGCAGCCGUCAACUAAGCCGGUGAGUGGUUCUAUCACCAACGGCGAGUCUCACAGCAGCAACACAAUACCCAGUGCUACCCAGGCAACCAAUGGCGUCAAGGAACCAGCAGAGCAAAAGAAGACAACUAAGGCCGAUACGGGCGAGACCAAUGGAACAUCUUCCGCUCCGGAGGUCACCGGUGUUCCAGGCCAGUGUCUGCAGUUGAUAGCUAGUGAGACGGGCCUUCGUAUUGGUGAACUAACACCGGAUGCUACCUUUGUGCAGCUGGGUGUCGACUCGCUGAUGUCACUGGUGCUUUCAGAGAAGUUCCGAGCAGAGCUUGGGCUGGAAAUCAAGAGCUCGCUUUUCCUAGAGUGUCCGACGAUUGGAGACAUGAUGGGAUGGCUGGAGCAGUACUGUUGAUAGGCUUAGUAAUAGGUUUCUGGCUAGAUUAGGAAAUAGG